AUGGAAGACAAGUUUGAUGAAGGUCCGCGCAACUACAACGAUGAGUCAAGUGUCGUUGAGUUUGAUGAUCAUGAUGAGGACGAAGAAAAAGAAGAAGGUAAAACUGACGACGACAUGGACUCGAGCGACGAUGACAACGAAGACACCAGGUCUUCGAAGAGCAACAUCAAGAGACACACGCGCACUCAAUCACUUGAGAAAGCUACCGUCAUUCCAAGUCCCAAGCGAAGAACAUACAGAGGUCCGUCGCUUGAGCAUGUGUCAGCGGCUGCAAUGGAUUUUGAAGCAGCCUACAUCGUUGAUUCAGUGGGGGAAACGCCGACUACAUUCAAGUCGGCGAUGGAAUCAAGCGACUCCGGCAAGUGGAAAGAAGCGUGUGACUCGGAGUUCGACUCGCUUCAGAGAAACGACACGUGGGAAAUCGUGCCUCUUCCGAAAGGUCGCAAGGCCAUCGGGUGCCGAUGGGUUUUUCGUGUAAAGGAGAAUCAAGAUGGCGAAGUUGAACGUUUCAAGGCAAGACUUGUGGCCAAAGGAUUCUCACAGAAAUUCGGAGUUGACUAUGAAGAAACUUUCGCACCGGUGGCCAAGUUCACAUCGAUUCGUGUGGUGCUCAGUAUGACGGCUAAGUACGGCCUAAUGCUACAUCAGAUGGACGUCAAGACAGCGUUUCUUAACGGCUCCCUCAACGAAGACAUCUACAUGGACCAGCCGGACGGAUACCUGGAUGCAACACAGCCGGACUAUGUGUGCAAGCUAAAGAGAUCACUCUACGGCUUGAAGCAAUCGCCUCGCAUGUGGAACCAAACAAUCGAUGGGUUCAUGAUCAAGAUGGGAUUCAAGAAGUGCGAAUCGGACCACUGCAUCUACAUCAAGCGAGACGACCAAGACAUGAUUCUCGUGGUACUCUACGUCGAUGAUCUCAUCCUGGCCAGCAGCAACAACGAACUCCUCAAGUCAACCAAGAUGGCGCUGAGCAAACGCUUCGAAAUGACGGAUCUCGGUGAGCUCGAUUACUUUCUCGGCAUGGAGAUCAAGAACGACCGUAAGACGGGAAUGGUGACUGUACAACAAACCAAGUUCCUCAAGUCCGUGUUAACCAAGUUCGGAAUGGAUAACAGCAAGCCAGUGAAGACGCCUCAAGAUCCCGGCCUGAAGCUAACCAAGAACAUGUGUGAACAAGAAUGCAAGCACGAAGACACCAUGUGCAACGUGCCAUAUCGAAGUGCUGUCGGAGGCAUCAUGUAUCUCAUGGUCGCCACACGUCCGGAUCUAGCUGCUGCAGUGGGAUCAUUAUCCCAGUUCUCGUCCGACCCAUGCCCGACUCACUGGCAAGCUUUGAAGCGUGUGCUGAGAUACCUGCAAGCAACGCCCAAUCAUGGUCUUGAGUUUACACGUGAAGAAGGAAGCCGUAUCUGCGGGUACACCGACGCAGACUGGGCCGGCGACAUUGAGUCAAGACGAAGUACAAGCGGCUAUGUGUUCAUGAUGAGCGGAGGAUGCAUCAGCUGGAAAAGCCAGAAACAACGGACGGUCGCGCUAUCUUCAACAGAAGCAGAAUACAUGGCGCUUUCCGAAGCAACCAAAGAAGCAGUAUGGCUCAAAGUGCUUUUGGGGGAACUUGGUGAGAUGACAAGCGACGAAGCGAUCAAGAUGUAUGAAGACAACCAAGGAUCAAUCGCUCUCGCCAAGAACCCGGAGUUCCAUAAGAGAACAAAACACAUCGACAUACGCUACCAUUUUGUGCGUGAGAAAGUGGAAUCAGGUGAAGUCGUUUUGGAGUAUUGCCCGACUCAAGAUAUGCUGGCAGACAUGAUGACCAAGCCGAUCGCCGCUGUACAAUUUGAAAACAUUCGCGAUCGACUUGGGAUCCAGGUGCCGCAGCUAACGAGUCGAGAGGGAGUGUUGAAAAGACAGCGGCUGUAA